GUUUUGCAGUUUUUUGUUUCGUUUUUUUUACUUAAUUAUAUCAACUUGAUUAUUAUCAACAACGUGCCGUAUUUAUUAUGAAUUAUUUAUAUUGGCGGCUUCUUAAUAAGUGAUCGUAAUAAGAGAUAGUUUAAUUUAAUCGUACAACAAGUAUAAACGUAUAUAUUAAUUAAAUUGUACUGUUUUACGAAAGAGGAUAUAAUUUACUUGGAACUUGUAAUUUUUAUCCAAAUUGGUGAGUUUGAAUCAUAGAUCAAUAAAAAAUGCGUUCGAUGGAAUUACGAAUGCCACCUUCAUCAGGCGGUGGAUCAACAGGGUUAAGUAGCAUGAGUAGUGCAGCGAGUGGAGGCUCAGAUGGUGGUUGUAGUCCAGCCAGUAGUGCAGGUGCACGUGCACCAUGGUUAGAAGAUGAGUGUGAAGAUAUUGAAGUAGACGAUUAUACGACUAAACGGGGCGGUCUAGGUAAAUCUGGUCAAGAUUUAUCAGAUAGUUCGGGUAGCGAAGAAAUUGGUGGUAAAAAAGGACGAGGCAAAAGAAAAGCUAACGCAAAUAAUAAUGUAACGAAUAAUACUAGUGGAACAAGGAGGCGGCGCAGUGGUAUAUCAGCUAGAGAGAGAAAUUUACGACGACUAGAAAGUAAUGAACGGGAGCGAAUGAGAAUGCAUUCAUUAAAUGAUGCUUUCGAACAAUUACGAGAAGUUAUACCCCAUGUGAAAAUGGAAAGAAAAUUAUCAAAAAUAGAAACAUUAACAUUAGCAAAAAAUUAUAUAAUGGCACUAACGAAUGUAAUUUGUGACAUGCGAGGAGAAGAAAAACAUUAUACUUUCCUAGAUAUGGAAGAAGAAAGUGGUGGUGAACAGGAUACAGAACGAAUGUUAACUGAAUCGGAACCGAAUAACAAUUCACUUUUUCAUGAAAAUUUCGAACCAUCAUCACAAUCAACGCAACUAUAAAAUUAUAAUUACCAUAAUAUCUGCGUACUUAA